AUGCCUCCUCCAUUUAUCACGGGCGCGUACAUCACGGGAGGGUAUGAGCUCGAGGCGCCCGACUGCCCGGUGAUGCAGCAGGCGCUCGGCAUUCCCGAGCUGCUGCGCUCCAUCUUUGAGUUCCUCCCGCAAGAAGGCCUGGUCGCGGCUAUGUGCACAUGCCGGUACUGGUUUGACAUGGCAACCGAUGUGCACUGGAGCAAGGUUCACGUGCACUACCUCAAUUACGUGUCGUGGAACCGCCAGCAGUAUUACGCCAACAAGAUCACCACUGUGUCACUCAGGCAUGUACAGGCGCGCAACGCCUACGUGGCAUCCAAGUGGCUCAAGUUUCCGCGCAUCCGAUAUGCAUACUUUGAAGCCGACAACACACAGUCGGGCCAGGACCAACAGUUCCUCUUCCCAUAUAUCGGACCCGGCAUAACACAAGUGGCGGCGCAUUCCUUCAACCUCGACUCUACCUUUUUCGACCUACUGCACCAGUGUCUAGACUUGCGGAGUGUGGCCUUUGGUAUCACACCAGUGCGGCGCUUCCCCGACUUUGAUGCGGUAGUCGGGGAGCAAGUGGACAAGAUCCUGCAUGAGCCGAGUGUCAACGAUUUGAUUGCUCAUGAAUCCAGCGCGGAGCGCAUUGCGGCCGCCAAAUCUAUGCUCAAGCUGAUUGCCAAUCGACCUAAACUCCACGACGUGCGCCUUGGGUAUGGCACUGAAUACCUAGUCACUAAACAGCUCAUACUAGCAUGUGCGAAGCUACGAGACCUAGAUUUACUUUAUGUUUCGCGACCGCUCUCCGAUCCGCUUGCCACAGAGAUUGCGAGCAUCACGCCCUCGCCUUUCCAAGAGGUAACGACGCUCAUCAUCACCACGCAGUCUUAUAGCAUUCCGAAAAUCGCACCGCUUUGCCCCAAACUAGGGUCUCUGCAGCUGUCAAUUCGGGAUGCCGAAAGUGGCAAGCUGAUGCCGAGCCUCGGCACAAUGACAAGCCUCCGUACCCUGUUGCUCGAUGUUCCAGGAACGACGAAAAUAAAAGGCGAGGACAUGACGUGGUUGUCAUCCCUCAUAAAUCUUCGCGAGUUCCGUCUUACCUUUAACAAGGUGCAAAUCCCUUGGCUCAGCCCCGCCACGCAGGUUGGCUUUGGUGACAACGAGCUCCGCGCCAUGGUUUCGUGCUGGUCACAGAUGGAAGAGCUAAGCCUCCCGUUCGGGACCGGACUUACAGAGAAGACCUUUUUUGCUCUGGGUCACAGUUGUCCGAAGCUAAGGAGUUUGAAGAUUCCGCAGAUUGAAGAAUUUGGCCCCUUUGUUUUCGAGCCGCUGGGCGAACCACUGUUCCCUGAGCUGCAGUCAAUGAAGUUGACUCGAAUCAUCCCUGGCCCACCGCCACAAGAUGCACCCGAGGAUUUCGAGAAUUGGUGGGAGGCGGACGAGCCUGAUCGAACCAUUAGCAAAUUCAUGCCUGUUCUUCACAAGCACUUCCCGAAAUUCAGGUCUUUUGACUGCCCCAACCCUGGCGGUAGAAACAACUUUCUCUGGCGGUCAUGGGAUGCAGUCGCUAGAGACGACGCAGAUCCAGAUAAGCGGAAGCCAAGUCCUGAUACCCAACCCCACGGGAAUUUCCAAGGACGAACAUACCUCAUAGCUGAAUGUCUAUUGCUGCAAAGAGUGAGCCUGCGUUAUUCCGUACAACGCUACAGCUAG